AUGAAAUUUGCAUAUCAACAAGCUCAGGCGAACAGGAAUGACCAUACUGUAAUCGUUUUGUUCUUCUUCAAUGCCCGGGGCGAGGAACUUGAAAGAACGACCGAAGGCAUGUAUCGCCCGUUGCUCUUGCAGCUGAUGGAGGCUGUGCCUGACCUUCAAGUGUUAUUGGAUCGAGUGCCUUCUUUUGGGGAUGUUGGGGAGGCAGCUACCUCGACAGCGAAACGCGCCAACCCGACCAAACGACCGCAAAUCUUCCUGGCCACGAAAUUCGGCGCCGAGUUCGAGGACGGCCAGAUGAUCAUCGACAGCUCGCGCAGCCGGUGCCUCUUCUCGUGCGAGCGCAGCCUGCAGCGCCUGGGCGUCUCGCAGAUCGACCUGCUGUACGCGCACCGGCUCGACCCGGCCGUCCCCAUCGAGGAGACCGUCCAGGCGAUGGCCGAUCUGCACUCCGCUGGCAAGAUCAAGUACCUGGGGCAGAGCGAGGUCAGCGCCGCGACGCUCCGCCGCGCGCACCGCGUCCACCCCAUCGCCGCCGUGCAGGUCGAGUACUCGCCCUUCUCGCUGGAGAUCGAGUCCCCGCAGACCGAUUUGCUGCGCACGGCACGGGAGCUGGGCGUGGCCGUCGUGGCGUACUCGCCGCUCUCCCGGGGCAUCCUGACGGGGCGGAUCCGGUCGCGCGCGGAUUUCCCCGAGGGGAUUUACGGUUGUCAGCUGGUGUUGGCGUGGCUGUUGGCGCAGGGGGACGAUAUCUUCCCGAUCCCGGGGACGACGCGGCAGGAGGCUUUGGUGGAGAAUGUCGGGGCGCUGGAGGUGCGGUUGACGGAGGAGGAGGUUGCGGGGAUUAGGGCGGUGGUGAAUGAGGUUGAGGUGCUGGGGGGGAGGUAUGGGGAGGAGUCGUUGAAGACGUGUUUUGUGGAUACCGUGCCGUUGGAGUAA